ACUAAAGUUUAUUCAAAAUUACCUCCGUGAUUUUGAAUACAGGCCUUCAAUCUGCGCGGCCAGUCGUCUAUCGCAGCACGAACGAGGUCCAUGUCAAUAUCGGCGGCUGCCAUAAUCAAGGAUGUCUUGAGUGACUCCAAAUUGGGAUGAGGCUUUGAGCACGCCUUUUCCUCCAAGGGUUGCCAUAUCUUGUAAUCUAACGGAUUCAAAUCUGGACUGGAGGAGGGCCAGUCUUCGUGCCGGAUGAAGUCGAUUUCACGCGCCGCCAGCCAGUCUUGUGUGCUCUUCGCUCUAUGAGCUGGCGCCGAAUCUUGUUGGAAUACCCAGUGCCUGUUAUUGAACAUGGUAUGAGAAACAGGUUCCACAAGGUUCGUCAGGACUGUAUUUUGAUACAUAACUGCAUUCGUUUUUACACCUUUCUCACAAAAAUGUACCUCUGUUAAGCCCCAAUAAGAAACUCCCAACCAUACCAUGAGCGAGGAUGGAAAAUGACCUUGUUGGACAUGCGGAAUACGGUUGCUCGCUUCUUCACUACUGUGUGCGUACACCUUAUCAUUUUGUUUGUUGUAGCUCUCUUCUACGGUGAAAAAUUUUUCAUCCGAAAAAUGAAUUUCCCGAUAUUUUUUUCCCGCGUACCGCUUCAACAAAGCGCGGCAUCUCUUCAGUCUCAGGUCCAUUAGACGAGCAUUCAGACGAUGUCCUGUUUUUCUUCGAUAUGCCCGAAGCCCUAAGUCUUCAUUUAACACCCUUUUCACCGUGGUUCUGCUUAACCCCAUCUGAAGGGCCAACAGUUUCUGCUUACGUUUGGGAUUUCUUUGAAUUCGCGCCUUCACAGCUUUUAUCACUGCUGGAGUCCUAACAGACCGAGGGCGACCACUUCUUGACCUGUCAUCUACACUAGAGUCUUCAUUGUAUCGUUUGAUGGUACGAUAAACGAAUCUUUUGGUUAUAUUCAAAAUUUUCAGUAUGUUAAAAAUUUGAAUUGGCGCGUAACCGCAACGAUGCAACGCAAUAGCUGCAACACGGUCUUCUUUAAGCGUCCACUCCAUAUUUAAAAAUGAGUAAAAUUCUAAAAGUAUACAUUUUUAUUUUCAUGAACAAUUCGAAAUUCGAAUUCAAUAAGCUUUUUUGUGGCCAGCGUUCUAAAAGAAAAGUUUUUACUGUGUGACAAUACUUAUGACCUGACUAGGUAUAUUUGUUACUCUUUCACGCAAAAACUGCUGAAGCGAUUGUGAUGAAACUUUACAAUAAUAUAGCUUAUACAUCAGAAUACACACAUAGUCUAUAAUUUAUAAAGAUACAAUGUCAUUUACCCAAAGGAGAAGAGAGUCAAGUAAGAAGGAGAAAAAUCUGCCAUUCGCGAGCUAUUUUGGCGUGUGCCGCAAAAACCGUUGGAGUUACACGUACAGAUAUAAUGUAUCAUUGAAAUAUUUAUUUUAAAUAGUUUUACUAAAAAAACCCGUGAGAGCAUUUAUCUAUCUUUUAUUUGUAAGCCAUCAUCGUUAAAAAAGUGAACCAUGAUUAUGAGAAGAGGAAAAAAUAGAUUUUUUAUUUGUUACGUUUUCUUUAAUUGUGCUUGUUACUGCGAAGACCACAUUUAUAUAAAAGAAAAUUCGAUAAGAUCAUUAACAAAUUACAGCUCCCGAAGCGAAGCGAGGACGGGUCGCUAGUUUCUAAUAAAUGACAAAACUAAACUCGCAUUCCGUCUUAAGAAUUGAAGCCUUUUGUUAUUACGGCUUCUGAGAAUAAGCGACCAUUUCAGAAUACAUACACCAAUAAGUAUAUUGAUAAUUGUUUUUUCUAUACACGUUUUUAUUUCUGUCUUACCCUAUGUUUCUAAAUAAAUUUAUUUUUUGUUUAACUAUCUGCCAGUCGCUUCGAGGGUGAAUUCUGGCUUCUCUGUGACCUCCGGUUUUUUAUUUAUACGGAUCGAAAAUUGCGGUGUCAUUAAAUUUACGACACAUUCAAACUUUAACACACCGCGUUAAGCAGAUCCCUUUACGAGUUUACGAAUUAUUGAUAAUAAUUACGAAGCGGUAAAUAAUUAUUGCAUUGCUAUUGCAAUAAAAUAAUACAAUCUUGUUUUUGUUUUAUAUCAGCGGUCUUAAUACAAAAGGUCAAGUUCUAGAUGAGCGAUGCGGCUGAACGACCAAAAAGGACUAAAGUGCGCCGACAGAGGUCCAUCUAUCAAGUGCACUAUAAUAUCGAGAAACGCAACGACGAGCUGAUGACGAAGCCCCUUGCCCUGCAGAAAGGGCUUGAAAUCCAAGCCUACGAUCUGCAGGUAGCCGGCCACAGAAAGACCGAAGACACCAAGUACUCAGGUUUAUUGCAGUGCAGUAACGGAACAAUCCUGAAACCCAUAAUCAAAGAUUCCCAGAGGCGCGAGGUAGAUUUCUAUGAGCGCAUGUGGGCAUCGUCCGAUCCUGACCUGGUGGAACUUCGAAAAUGCACGCCCAAGUAUUUCUACUGCAAGAAAUACACUUACAAUGGCUACGAACAGGAGUAUAUUAUUCUGGAAGAUCUGACGAGGAGGAUGCUCGAGCCUUGCAUCAUGGAUGUUAAAAUUGGCAAAAGAACAUGGGACCCGCUCGCCACAGAGGAGAAGAUUAAGAACGAGCAGGCCAAGUAUGCGCUGUGCAAGCAGCAGUACGGCUUCUGCAUACCAGGCUUCCAGGUCUUCAAGCUGAAUAGCGGGAAACUGCACAAAUAUAACAAGGAAUACGGCAAGAAGCUCCACGGGCAAGGCGUGCGGGACGCCAUAAAGAACUACCUGAACGCGAUAGGCGGCGAGCUGUGUCGCGCGCUGCUGCUGCAGAUCCUGUCGCAGCUGUGGCGCGUGCAGCGCUGGGCGCGCGCGCAGACCGCGCUGCGGCUGUACUCCGCCUCCGUGCUGCUGGUGUAUGACGCCGCGCGCCUACGGGACUGCUGCGCCGAUCACGACCUGCUCAUGACCCGCAAAACAUGUCGUUCCACGCCGAUCACAAGGCGUCAGUCCAUACCUUCAUUACACAGCGGAACUUCAUUCAGUGGUCAGUUGUCCAAGACAGGUCCGGUCUACAAGAAGCUGUCUUCUGUUCCCCUGUCCCCCCUCCAAAACGAGCCCCCCCAUCCCCCUUUAAACUCCCCCUGGAGCGAGGCCCUCGAAAAACUCAACCACAAUCACUCCUUUGAGCAUAACUAUGAAGAUAAGUUGUCUAAAAUAAAGAUGAACUAUCGUGCCCUUCUCGACCAAUUGAGUUCGGAUUCUCCCAACCCUGACCCCUGGGGUACGGUAAAAAUUAUCGACUUCGCUCACGCGUUCUUCAACGAGGAGGAGGAGAGGUGUGUAGAUGACAAUUUUAAGGACGGUAUAGAUUCUUUUGUAGCGAUCUUCGAGGAUUUCUUGAGUGAAACUGACGAUCAAAUUAUUUGAUGAUAAAUGUUAUUGUAUAUAAUUUGAGAAAAAAAAGAAGAAAAUAAGAACAUUAAUAAUUGUAUUAAGUUAUUAACCACAGAGUUAAAAAACGUCAAAAAAAGAAAGGUUAUUUCUGUGAUUUUGAGGGAUAAAAUAGGACUGUUCCAACUAUUUUAAUCUGUUCAUUUUGGAAGUCGUAAACUUGAUUGAAAUAUUUAAAUCUCACGUUUGUUCUAUUAGUGUGCUUAGUGCGAGUUUUUUAACGUUCUCGAUACUGUAAAAGUUUACUCAAAUUUGUAUGCAGUGUAACUUUUGCGCUGUUCUCACUUCUGUCAAGGUCAAACUGGCUUUAUGGUUCGUAACCAUGAAAACUUUAGCUUAGUUAAACUCAUUUACUUAGUUAAACUUAGUACUCUAUGUCAUUUACUUAGUUAAACUUAGUACUCUAUGUACCAAAUAUAGUUUUGAAAUAUUUUAGAUUUAGGUGCCAAAUUAUGUGGUGUCAAAAUUUAGGUAUGAUAAAUAAUUUUAUUAGUAAUUUUACUCGAGACGAAUUUUUAAUCGGUAGCUGUCGCCUUUUUAAAUGAAGUAUUUAUAACCGUACUUAAUUGUGUUAGGAAAUUAAUAAAUUUUAUAGGAAUUUAUUCAAGGAUUUCAAAAUGUCUUCUAGUAUGUCUGUGACUUCAUGAGUGUCUUGGGCCGAUUUUAAUGGUGUUUGUUGUGAGAGUGCUAUUUUGUUUUUGAAGGUUUUUAGCUUGACGCUCUAUCCGAUUCUACCCCAGCCGUCCGGACCGUAUUUUUAAUCGGGACACAAUCUACUUAAAAACCUUACUGUUAUAUAGUUAACUAUAUGUUUGUAAUCGACAUGUUAAUUUUAGAUGUUUGUUAAGUUUUAUGAGGUAGUAACGGCGAUAUCCCGUAAUGUUUUGUAAAAUACUUUAUUUAAAAUAAAAUAAAAAUAUAUUAUGACAAGAUUGAAAAA